AUGUCGGCCACUCAGCUCUCCUUCUCCCUCCGCGUCUCCUCCGGCGUCAAGGCCGUCCACCUGCUCGGCUCUUGGGACAACUACGUCGGCCAGCUCCCGCUCGCCAAGGACAAGACCUCGUCCAAGUCGGGCUCCUGGAAGGGCACCUUCCGCUUCCAGAACACGACGCUCCAGACCGGCCAGCGCUACUGGUACUACUACAUCAUUGACGGCUACCACGUCGCCCACAACCCCAGCAUUGCCUCCACCACCGAGCCCACCACCGGCCGCGAGCUCAACAUCCUCGACGUCCCCUCUGACAAGUCUGCCCCCAAGUCGUCGUCCAAGUCGUCGUCCAAGUCGUCCUCGUCCUCCAAGUCGUCCUCGUCUUCCUCCAAGCCGUCUUCCAAGUCCAGCAGCAAGAGCUCCUCCUCCUCGUCCCGCCACCACUCCUCGUCCAAGGACAAGGACCGCACCUCGUCGCGCAAGAACCUGUCCGUCGACAUCCCCAAGGGCCGCCCCCUCUCCAUCUCCCAGAUCCAGGCCCCCAAGCCCAUGUCGCCGCACGCCACCAAGCACCUGCUCGAGUCCGACUACCACGGCAACGAGGAGCUCGAGGAGCUCGCCGCGCGCUUCGGCACCGCCGGCCUCGACGACGACCUCGUCACCAACUUCAGCACCUCGCCCGUCUCCUCGGUCGGCUCCGGCUUUUCCUACCGCUCCGACAGCUCCUCCCCCUCGUCGUCGUCGUCGCUGCUCUCGGGCUACAGCACCCCCAACUCGGACUGCAGCACCUGCACCUGCGAGCGCUACGGCAUCACCCGCCGUGGCGAGCGCGUCAAGCUCGACUGCGGCGGCUCCCGCUGCGGCUACGACGACUCCGACUCGUGCGCCAGCGAGUCCGAGGACGAGCACGUCGCCCACCACGUCUCCCGCCGCAACGGCAUCAUCGUCUCGUGA